UAACUGUCAUUUAAUUUAUUUCUAAUUUUUGUAUUCUCUUCUCUAUUUUUUUUCAAGUAGAUAAAAUCAAAGAUUAGUCUAAUUGAUAAAAUGGUGUGAUAGCAUCGGCUGACAAAAUAUGUUAAUUUGAAUUUCAUUUUCUGUCAAGUGAUCUAAUUCAUCCUACUAAUCAUUCAGACAUCAAAAAACACUUGUUUUCAUACUUUUCUGAAUGUUCAAUUCAGAAAUAAAAACAAUGUCUGGAAAAACGACGAUUAAGGGAAACCCAUCCCAGUAUGUUAAAUUGAAUGUCGGGGGUUGUUUGCACUACACGACGAUUGGAACUCUUACUAAACAUGACACUAUGUUGAGAGCUAUGUUCAGUGGACGAAUGGAAGUUUUGUCCGAUUCUGAUGGUUGGAUAUUAAUCGAUAGAUGUGGGAAACAUUUUGGCACAAUCUUGAAUUUCUUACGAGAUGGAAGUGUGUCUUUGCCAGAGUCUUCAAAAGAAAUAGCUGAGCUGGUAGCGGAAGCCAAAUAUUACUGCAUUGCUGAACUAGCUGAGUCUUGUAACAAAGCUUUGGCUAAGAAGGAGAGAGGAGAACAAGAACCUAUUUGUGGAGUACCUUUAAUAACUUCGCAGAAAGAGGAAGAAAUGCUAAUUAGUUCUACUACAAAGCCUGCUAUAAAAUUACUAAUAAACAGGCAUAAUAAUAAGUACUCCUAUACAAACACCUCAGAUGAUAAUCUAUUGAAAAAUAUUGAAUUGUUUGAUAAACUUUCCUUAUGGUAUAAUAAGAGGUUGCUAUUUUUGAAAGAUGUUAUCAGCACUAGUGAAAUAUGUUGUUGGGUGUUUUAUGGACAUGGAAAAAAAGUAUCUGAAGUAUGUUGUACUUCAAUUGUAUAUGCAACAGAUAAAAAACAUACUAAAGUGGAAUGUCCUGAAGCUAGAAUAUAUGAAGAAACUCUAAAUAUUUUACUGUAUGAAAGUAGAAAUGCUCCCGACCAGGAACUUAUGCAAGCAACAUCUACAAGAGGUGCUGUUUCUGGUAUAUCUUAUACCAGUGAUGAAGAGGAGGAGAGAUCAGGUAUUGAGAGACUUAGGUCUAAUAAAUCUAACAAUCCUGCUUAAUUUUGCAAUGAUUAACUGUAAAUAAUAUCUUUUAUUAUGGGUGGAAAGGCUGAUAUAUGUUGGUAGUCUAUUCGUAUCAUCAACUAUUGGCUCAAUGAAGAGAAGAAGAGACUGUUUUUAACUUUUGCCAAAUAUUAAUUGCUACAGUGACCUUCCAUCAUUGUGUACCACUUACAUUACAUAAUUACAAUAUUUUCACUGCUUAGGACCAUUGACUGAUCUAUAGAUACCUUUGAAUCUUUAAAGAUUCUAAUUUUUUUAGAAGUGGAUAUUUUAUUUUUUAUCCUGGCUUCAUCAAUAUAUUCCAAUCUAAAAUGGGAAGGUAAAUGAGUUAUUUUUCAAUGUCAAUUUUCAAAAGAAGAAGAAAAUAGUACCAUUAACCCAAAUAAACCCCUAAAAGACUCCUAAUAUUAUUGACAGUAAUAUUCCAAAAUUGAUGUAAUUAAUAAAUAUGAAGAUUAUACUGAUACUUUUCAAACCUCUGUGAAACAAAAAACCGUUUUAUUUUUAAUGUGGGAAAUUACUAUUUGAUGGCAUGUCAUUAGUAGUUCUGUGAGGAUGUUUUAAAAUAUAUUUGUAUAUCAUUUUUGAGUUUUUUAAGGUAAUUAGCUGCAAAGAAUUCUUUUCAGAAUGAAUUUCUCAUUACUAUGUGAUAAUUAUGCACAUUUUUCCAUUAGAACUUAAAAUGUCAAAUUUCAAAUUCUAUUCAAACCACCUGUUCAAUUAGUACUUGCAGGUUUGCCCAAAAUGAUUAUUUGAAAUUCAUUACAGAAAAAACAAAGUUUAAGAGUAUUAUAUCCAUCAUACCUUAUAGAUUUGAAUCUUUCAUAUUUUGUAAUAAAGAAGUAAAUACCAGUA